UUCCUUAAAUAUUGUUUUCAAAUGAUGUUGAACGAUUUGUUUCGUUGGUGACCAAAGUUUAAAAAAUAAUAAGUAGAUAACAAAGUAAUAAACACUCCGAGACAAUUAAUCGUAACGAUAAAAUAUAUUAUCCGGGGACAGUGUAUCGACGGUAAAAAUACAAAAAGAUAGAAAGAUAAAAAAAAAAAAAAGCUGAUGCAACAAGAUGUUACCAUCGAUAAAACGUGACACUAUUACAUAUUACGUAUUAUAUAUUAUGAAUAACGAAGAAGAAUCGCGGAUAAAUUAAUUAUAAAAUUAAAUAUACGUUCGGCUGUGAUUAUAUAAUACCGGAAGUAAUCCGUUCGGCGAGCGAAGGUAUGGAAGAACCGUCACAAAAGUUGUUCCGUUUACCGGGAACGAUAGAAGAGGAAGAGGAGAGAGAGAUGGAGAUACUCCAAGAACGCGGAGAUAAUCAAUCGGGAAAUCAUCUGCAGCCAAGAUGCGAAUCCCCGUUACUAUCGAUGCCGCAAAGAAUUCCAACCGUUCCAAGCUUGCCGAAAAAUAUAACGCUUGUUCGCGUCAGCACGCAAAGUAGCAGCAUCGGCGGUGGAAUGGGCCGACAAGAUUCAGCAAGGAGCCGUUACAGAGCAGGCCCAGUGCGUAAAAUUCGCCGACGCGCGGUGUUGAAGAACGGAGAAUGCAACGUGCUACAAUCGAGGAUAUCGCGACGAUCGUUGCGUUUCCUUCAGGACAUAUUCACAACAUUGGUGGACACUCAGUGGCGUUGGACGCUGUUGUGUUUCACACUGAGUUUCCUCCUGUCCUGGUUAGGUUUCGCUGUGAUAUGGUGGCUGAUAGCUUUCACUCACGGUGACUUCGACGAGAAGCACCUGCCGGGAGUUCAGGUGGAGAACAAGUGGACACCGUGCAUAUACAACGUGGUCUCGUUCACUAGCUGUUUCCUAUUCUCAAUCGAGACCCAGCACACGAUAGGCUACGGUAGCAGAGCAACGUCGGAGGAGUGUCCCGAGGCCAUAUUCGUAAUGUGUAUACAGAGCAUAGCCGGUGUUAUGAUCCAAGCGUUCAUGGUCGGCAUAGUGUUCGCAAAGAUGACGAGACCAAAGCAGAGGACGCAGACGCUCCUGUUCUCGCGCAACGCGGUUAUCUGCCAAAGGGACGGUGAGCUGUGCCUGAUGUUCAGGGUCGGCGACAUGAGGAAGUCGCACAUAAUCGGUGCGACGAUAAGGGCCCAGAUAAUACGCUCGCGAACGACGAAAGAGGGCGAGUUCCUCUCCCAGCAUCAGCAGGAGCUCACCGUUGGCGCUGACGGCAACGACAGCGACCUAUUCUUCAUAUGGCCGAUGACCAUCGUCCACAGGAUACAGGCCGAAUCGCCACUCUACAACAUGUCGGCUGAGAACAUGCUGACCGAACGCUUCGAGGUCGUGGUCAUACUCGAGGGCACCAUCGAGUCCACCGGUCAAACGACCCAGGCCAGGUCCUCCUACCUUCCUCAGGAAAUACUCUGGGGUCACAGGUUCGAACCAAUGGUCAGCUACUCCAAGGAGCGACAGGGAUACGAGGUCGACUACUCACUGUUCAACAGCACCGUUCAAGUCGACACUCCGUUAUGCUCCGGCAGGGAACUGGCCGAGUUCUACAGGGUGCAAGACGACCUUCGACACGGCGGCGGUUACCUCGUCGACGAAGACGGACUCUUGAUUGAGAAUUAUCAAGAGAAUAAUAUGCAGGGUGGGCACAUCGUUAACACACAGACGGGAAUAAGAGCACCCGGACACCGACUGGUACACGCGGAAAGUACGAAAAGCGAUAACAGUUUAGAGGACAGUGCAAUCGGGCGAAGUAUUUACAGAGAUAACUCGAUAGCGUCCCAGCAACAUAAUCAUCAUCAUCAUCAUCAGCCGGCUAAUCCGCACCGGGAACCAAAUCAUCAUUACAAGAACCAAGAGGGUGAUUUGGACGCGAUUGAGGUAAUCGACGAGGACGAUCUUCACCAACUACCGGACUCCGUGAACAGGGAGAUACUGAAGAACAGUCGUGAGAUAGUGUACGAAGAAGAUUCGAAUAAUCUUUCAAGGGACGAGAGUUUCCUGACGAUGCGACAAUUCGGUAGUAAGAAGAACCUCGAGAUCCUCGAGGCUAGCAGACCGCUAAUUUCUGGUCGUCGACACUUCGUCAGGUACAAUCCGUCGUCGGACGAAGCUGAGAAGCGAUCGUUGAACGGAUCGCGGAGGAAUCUGAGCAGCAGAAACCUUCACUCGAACCAAGAGGAAGAUAAGCGUUCUCUGAACGGUUCGCGGAGGAAUUUGAGCGGUUCAAAACGCCAUAACCAACCGAAUUUUGAAAAGGCGGAAAGUUUGCACGGCAGCACGAGGAACCUGAACAUCGGUAGCAGAGAGAACCUGAUCGGUUCGCGAUUUCAACACGGAAGCAAGGAGCUCCUGACGACGACGACGACCAAGCGGAACACUCCGGUGGUCAAGGCUUCCAAGGAGACGAGGGACGCGAAAUCGAGACGAAGGAAGGACGAUAGUGCGAAAAAGGAGGUUGAGAUCGAGAUCGAGGGACCGGUUGGGCCGAAAAACGAACCUCCGAACCUUCACCAGGUCGCGUUGGCAACCUACUUGUCAUCGCCGUCCGAAAUGUCGCCCGAAUCGGGCAUCGUUGAGGGUUCGGUUGUCCUCUCAAGUCCCGAGGCGGUAAGACGGGACCUUAAACUUCCGGCAAGCUCAGUUAUCGCGAGGAACAGAAGAAGCUACGAACACGCUCAGCUCCAGGAUGUGAACGCCGAAACUACCACGUCACGUCCCGGAAGUGGGAGCAGCUCUUCCGACAGCGAUUCCUCGUCCAAAGUUAACACUCCGCUCGUAGUUUUGCCCGGUAAGACCGGCGUCACUUUAGCCAAACAGAAUGUAUCUUACACGAGUGUUUAAGAGUUUGAAGUUUGUAACGUUGAUGUAACGAACGAUUUUUUUCCUUUUUUUUUUUAUCAUUAUUUCGCAACUUUAGGAUCGUCUCAAAUUAAAUGAUUUAUUUUUAAAAAGCAAAGUGUGUUCAAAUCUUGGAAAUUAGAAAAAAAAACAAAAAAAAAAAACACGAUAAUUUUAAUUUCAACAUUUCGUUACAAUUAACGUUACCGACUUCAGUCCGGUGAGUGUUUAAAGUUUCUGUCAGUUUUUCUUUUCUCUUAAAAAUCUAUUCUUUCAUUAUUUUUUUUUUUAAUUUUCGACGAACAAUCGCUAUCAGAGUUAGAGGGCAUAAUAGACCGUCCGCGACAUUCUAGAAAAGGACUUUGAAGAACUUUUACCAAGAAAUGGUAGGAUGAGUGUGUUAAUUAAAUAUUCCAGUUAUCGAGGAAUCGUGUAUAAAAGAAAAUUAUCAACUAAAUAUCUAAACAUCUUUUAACGAUGUAUAAACAAUAAACAAAUUGAGAAUUAUUAACCGCCGGUCGGUUAACUUUCCCGAGUGUAUAAAAUAUCGUGUCAUCUUGUAUAUUAUAUAUACGUAUGUAUUAUUAUUAUUAUUAUUGUUGUUAUUAUUAUCAUUGUUAUAUAUCUAUGUAUAUGUUCGAUGUGCAAUAUACUAUCUAUACGCAUAAGGACCAACAAGCCCGCAAAUGCAUUCCUUCGGAACUGUAUAUUGAAGGAAAAACGGAACACGAACUUGUAUAAUCAUCGAAUAUUAUAUAUACGAUAUUUAUAAUGAGAACGAUUAAAUUCAAGUUUUCCAAAGGUUGUAUAAAAAUUUGAUAUACAAAUAAUAAACACCGAUAUUUGUAUGCGCGAUAUAAUAUGAAUCGAUACCAGUUGCACUAUAACUGUAAGUAUGUAUGUGAAAUUAAUUGUAUACUGUUGAAACGAAACCGGUGAGCUGUAAUAGAGUGUAAAUAACGUGUAUAAUAGAAGAAUUUGGAAAACGUAUAAUUUUUUCGUGUGACAAGGGUCGUUUAAUAAUAUUAAUUGAAAAGAAAGAAAAAAAAAAGAAAAAAGGAAAAAUAUUAAUAAUAUUAUUAUUUUCAACCCGAAACUUAGUCAAUAUUUAUUCUUAUAUAAUAAAAAUACGUAACACGUCGUACAGAAGAUAUGACAAUAGCCUAAUUUUUAAUUAGUAUGUAUAAUCUAGGGUAUACGUAUAUAAUAUACAUAUACAUCCUACAUACUGUAUACAUAUAAUGUAUCAUGUAUUUAUAAUAGUCAUUCCCCCGACGGAAACAAAUCAUAAUUUUACAAUCGAUUGUUACUACAACGUAGUAAUUCUGUAAUGCGUAUUAUAUGCAUAAAUAUGCACACCACAUAUAUAGAUAUAUGUAUACAUAUAAUAUAUAUAUAUAUGAAUAUUAGAUGGAAAAACAAUGGAAAACGAAUGAAAAAAAAUUCGAUUACCGUUACGGAGGAAAACAAGAUCAAUUUAUUUCAAAUAUAUAUACAUAUUUAUAUAUAUAUAUGUGAUAUGUUAUCCUAAAAGUUCCGAAAGCGGAGAAUCUCGAAUGUUUUCGUGGCGAAACUUAAAGUAAAGAAACAAAACUUUGACGAAACAUCAAACUUUCGAAUGGUCGAAAAUCCGACGCUCAAAGUUCCGAAAGGAGAAAAUACCGAAAAGACAAAAUUCCGAAAGUGCGAAAAGAAUAAGGAGUAAAAUGAGCCAUCGUGAGACUGUUUUCAUGCAGACCAUUCUGAUUUUUGGUAUUUCUGAUUUUUUACCCGCACCCGACAAAAAUGUAGUAACAACAGAUUUUGUGUAUGAUAAAAUUUCCUAUAACUUUUAUUACAAACUUUUUUCUGUAUAACGUAUAGGUUUUUAUUUAUAGCGCGUCAAACUUUCUUUAACACGGUUAUUGCUAAAUAUAUAGUGAAUGGUUAUUGAAACAUUGAGAAUGGUGUGAACCAAAUUUGUAGUACAUAAAAUUUUCAGUAAACUUUGUUUCAAGUUUCUUGCCCUAUUGGAAUUUUUGCUUGUCGAAAUUUUGCUCUAUCGUAACUUUACUUUUCGCAAUCUUGCAUUUCGGAAAUUUGAGCCGUCGGUUUUCUGACCACUCGAAACUUUGACGAUUCCUCGAAGUUUUGUUUCUUUACUUUAAGUUUCGUCGCGAAAAAAUUCGGAAUUCUGCGCCUUCGGAACUUUUGAAAUUCGGAACUUUGACAACGCCCCAUAAUAUGCGCUACAGAAAUUUUUGUUUUUAAUAAACAAAAUACGAAAAACUACAACUACUAA